UCACUUUCGGGGGCGGGGGUGUGGGUAUGAGUGACCUUGUGAAGGUACUAGCCCACUGCGGAUAGGAUUAGCAAACCUGGAACCUCUGCAAAUAUUUGGCUUCCUCCCGCAUUCCUCCCGAGGCUUCUGGCUGUCUCGUGCCUACCUCACCCAGUACCCUUUAGGCUUGCACCGCCACACAAAGCACGAUCCGCCUAUCUCCUCUUCGAAAACCCUGAGAACUUCAUUCCGCACGUUAAAACUCGUCGGUGGCGGUGGCGGGCAGGACUGGGCAUGCUCAGUGGCAGGGACAGGUCUGGGAGGCAAGGAAGCGGCAUUUGAAGUGGCUCGGCCUCGGGAUGAGGGGGAGGCGGGUGCCCCGGCCGGGGUCCGCGGAGGUUCCCGGGGCGGCGCGCGAGGCCGACAUGCUGCGGGCGGGAGCAGCCAGCCCGGCGCGCGGAGGCCAGGCCGCCGAAGACACGGGGACGCCGGCGGGAGGAGGGGAGGAGCGCCGGGGCCGCCAGCCCCCGGCCGCGGCGCUGAGGCUGCCAGAUAGCAAGCCGCCGCAGGGAGGAUCAGAGGACACGAGGACGCCCGACCGUGACCUCCAGCGAGGCCGCCUGAGCCGGAGCCCGCGCAGCGCCCCGCCAGCCCCGGGCAUGGGCGACCGCGGCGCGCUGCACGAGCGCGCGGCCCUGCAGUCCCCGGGGGGCCCCGAGGGCGCCGCGGCCGCCGUGGUGAACGGACUGCUGCACAACGGCUUCCACCCGCCGCCCGCCUGCAGCCGCGACCCGCCUCCAGCACGCUUCCAGCUCUCGUCCGAGCUGCAGCCGCAGCCGCUCUUCUCCCAGCAUGACUCUCCGGCCAAGAAAUGCCGGCUGCGGAGGAGGAUGGACUCCGGGAGGAAGAACAGGCCGCCAUUCCCGUGGUUUGGUAUGGAUAUUGGCGGAACCCUGGUUAAGUUGGUUUACUUUGAACCAAAGGAUAUCACGGCGGAAGAGGAACAGGAAGAAGUGGAGAACCUGAAGAGCAUCCGGAAGUAUUUGACUUCUAAUACUGCCUACGGCAAAACUGGGAUCCGGGACGUCCACCUGGAACUGAAAAACCUGACCAUGUGUGGGCGCAAAGGGAACCUGCACUUCAUCCGCUUCCCCACCUGUGCCAUGCACAUGUUCAUCCAGAUGGGCAGCGAGAAGAACUUCUCCAGCCUCCACACCACCCUCUGUGCCACGGGAGGUGGGGCUUUCAAGUUCGAGGAGGACUUCAGAAUGAUAGCAGACCUGCAGCUGCAUAAACUGGACGAACUGGACUGUUUGAUACAGGGCCUGCUUUAUGUCGACUCGGUUGGCUUCAAUGGCAAGCCAGAAUGUUACUAUUUUGAAAACCCCACAAAUCCCGAGUUGUGUCAAAAGAAACCAUACUGCCUUGAUAACCCAUACCCUAUGUUGCUGGUUAACAUGGGCUCAGGAGUCAGCAUUCUAGCAGUGUACUCCAAGGACAACUACAAAAGAGUUACUGGGACCAGUCUUGGAGGCGGGACAUUCCUAGGCCUGUGUUGCUUGCUGACUGGUUGUGAGACCUUUGAAGAAGCUCUGGAGAUGGCAGCUAAAGGCGACAGCACCAAUGUUGAUAAGCUGGUGAAGGACAUUUACGGAGGAGACUAUGAACGAUUUGGCCUUCAAGGAUCUGCUGUAGCAUCAAGCUUCGGCAACAUGAUGAGUAAAGAAAAGAGAGAGUCCAUCAGCAAGGAAGAUCUCGCCCGUGCCACAUUGGUCACCAUCACCAACAACAUUGGCUCCAUUGCUCGGAUGUGUGCACUGAAUGAGAAUAUUGACCGAGUUGUAUUCGUUGGGAACUUUCUCAGAAUCAAUAUGGUCUCAAUGAAGUUGCUAGCAUAUGCCAUGGACUUUUGGUCUAAAGGACAACUGAAAGCCCUCUUUUUGGAACAUGAGGGUUAUUUUGGAGCUGUUGGGGCCCUGUUGGAACUGUUCAAAAUGACCGAUGCACAGUAGAUGAAACAGCCUCCUGUGAGAACAGAGAACUGACAGACACUGCCAGAGAAGGUGACAUCUCCUUGGAAUAGAAGCCAAGCCACUGUGGUGGAUGUACCUGCUGAAUUUGUAAAUAAUUUAAAAUCCUAGAUCUUUUGCUCUUAGGUUUCAAGCUUAUGAUACAAAAUGGGGAAUAUAGUAAUUUUUUUCUGUAUACUGUAUUUUUUAAAAAAGAAAUUGUGCAGCGUGGCCAAACCUACCAGUUUCAUGCAUUAACUUUGAAAAGUUGUGUGAUGCUUAAGAGGGGCCUGAAAUGGAAGCGCUGUUCAUGUUUCUUCUGGGGUUUACUGAUCAGUGUGGUAAUUUUAACUUCAUUUAGUAAUUACUCUAGGAGAUUUUACCUUUACUUAUAUUUUUUCAUGACGUUUCAUGAUUUGCUCUUGGUUUCAAAUGAAACUACGAAUCUGGCAUGUUGCACUGUGAACACUUUUUGUUUGUUUGUUUAAUCCUUUCUGAUUCAGUGUCUUAGGACAAAAAAAAAAAAAAAAAAGGCCUUUUCCUGUUUUUGUCUUCUCAUCUCCCUCUUAUCUAUCUAUACACUUUCCUUGUUCUAAUUGCUCAUGUCAAUCAAGGUGCUGACCAACUCAACACGAAGUUAAACACAUAAUCUGAAGUUCUAAAAAUGUGACUGCAGUGAGAAAACUUAAAAGGAAAGGGUUAAUGAAAGUGGCACACAUUGAACAUUAUAUGCACUUUUAUCUUUGUUUCCGUACCCCUCGUAACUAUAAUGUUUCAUUGGAUAUACUUUACACUAAGUUGAAAUAGUCUGUCGUAAAAUGUCCUCAUUCAUGUAUGUCAUAAGAAUGGCAGAAAAUCCCCAUGUAAAGUUUGGAGGGGCUGUCUUAGCUGAUCUGGACACACUAGAUUUAGGGGAACUCAUGAGUUGAGGUGUCAGUUAGAAAUAUUGUUUUGUACAUGUUUGUACUAGGAACCAUGUAACAAGACAUGAGUAAUAAUGUUAAAGGUUUUUUUUUUAACUUCUGUUUUAGUAUUUAAACUGUGAUUUGUACUUUAUUUCAUUUCUAAAACUGAAAUAUAAUUUAUGAUACAUAUAUGUAUAUAUACACACAUAUAUAUAUAUAUAUAUAUACAUACCUUUCCUUCUGAAAGGUUUUCAUUAAAAUAGAUGGGUCACUUUCAAAAGAGGAUGCUGCACGCACACUUUAACACAAGAUGUAACAAUCUUUUGGAUGGAGGAUACUCUUGCAAGGGCUUUGGAAAGGCAAUACAGUAACUCCUUGGUCAGUCUUCACCUCUCUACCUUGUGAAGCACCCACCUUUCAUUUCCGUAUCCUUGAGUCUUGAAGAAGUUGAUGCUGAUGGAAGAAUUCACUUGUCUGGUUUAAAUAAAGCCCGUUUCUGUUGGGAUGUUUUUAGUGUAUAUGUUAUUUUCAUUUCUUAUACCUCGUCUUUAUACUGACCUGCUUUAUAUGUAAAGUAACUGUAUGUUGUUGUUAUUGCUGCUGCUACUGCUGCUGUUGUUUUUCUGCCGCAUAGCUCAUCAUAUGAGGCUUUCCCACAGGUGUGGGAAGGUCCAGACUGAGUCUUGAGCUAUAGCUGUAAGCCCAUAUAGGGAUUUUUUUUUAAUUUAGCUUUAUUACUCUUAUAUUAUUGACUGCUUAAUGCCAAAGUACCACUGUGAGAUUUGGUAAUUCUGAACCAGUUUCAAUUUUCUCUCACCACAUAUACAUUCUGUCAACUUCUGCUUUAGCUUUAAAACAUUCAGUCAACUACAAUGUUCUCGAAAGAGACAUUAUCUCUGUAUUAUCUAUCCUAGUGCCUUUUGACUGUCUCUUCCUCCCUUCUUUAGACUUUCAGGGGACAGCAGACCUUAGACCUGAAGGUCAUGAUUCUGCAGAGAAAACCAGGGCAAAUAACUGUGCCUAUAUAUUUUAUUAAUUAUCUGAAAUCACGUGAUGUCUCAUUCCAAACAUCUAAAACAUUGGAGCUAGGUGUAGUGGUGCAUUUUUGUAAUCCCAGCACUAAGGCAAGAGGAUCAAUGUGAAUUCAAGGCCAGCCUGGGCUACCUAGAGUUCCAGGACUGUCUGCAUAACCCCUCCCCACCCCCGACACCAUUGGUGUAGAUGAAUAAAUGCAUUUCCCAUUAAAUUACCAACCAAGUGUUGGCUACAUAGAGCUAGCCUGUUUCUACAAAGAGGUACUUGUGUCCUGAGGAUUUUUCACAUUUUCCUUGAAUUACAGAGUUCUCCAUAGAUUGGCCAUCACAAAGAAAAACUGUGCCAUGUGACAUGAGGUUGGUGAGAUGGUCCAAAGUGAGAUAGCUUUGGUUUGGAUACAGCUUAGCCAGUUACUAACUGUGAAAGCAAGUGGCUAAAAUUCCCUUUAAGCCCAAGUUUGCUCAUGUGUAAAAUACAGCAAAUAGUUUUACAUUUCUAUUUUAACAUACACAUUUAAAUGUGUCAUGCAUUUUUAAAGACAUUUUAAAGCAAUGCAUUAAUAGAUUGUUCCAAACUCUCUCUCUCAGUUGUGAUUAGCAUGGAGACACUUCACAGAAUCCCAGGACAGAACAUGGCCAUGAUUCCAAAACCUCAUGCCCUUGAGUUUGCUGUCACAGUUGACUUGGCAGCCUGAGCUAACUUGAGCAUUGUUUAUCACAAUAAUGGGACUUCUCAGAUACUUUGUAGCAGAACUGUUAGUGUGUAUGAUUUCAGGGUACUUCUUAAGGGCAAUUCAGUGAGAAUGACUCUGAAUUUUAAAGUAUAUAUAGCCUAAAGAAUUUCUGACAAGGAUUGGCUUUUGCAAUACAUGGAUUCAGAAUCCCUUUCUUAGGAGCUAUUAGAGAGGAAUUACAAUUGAUGCCACUCAGUGUUGUGAGGAAUAUCACAGAGUUACUACAGGUUACUUUAGAUAUCUAGGAAGGAGGUAGAAACUAAGAUGAACAGUAUACAUCCAUGCUGCCCAGCAGAGAAAACAGCAAAAUUGCAAGGCAAAGUGUGAAUUGAGACAUAGAGUCAUUAUUCACAAAUACAUCAAUAAACAAAAUGAAGUUCCAUGAUCACAAACCUUACAUUCUAGAAGGAAAAGGAAUGGAUAAAUUAUACAAUACAUAAUAAACAUACAACAUCAUAUUACUUCACUACUGCAAAGAAAAAGUAGACUAAAAAAGUAGACUAAGGCUUAUAUUCCUUCUAUUGAGAAGAAUAGUUCUUUUUAGGAAAAUGAGAAAGGGAGGAGCUUCUCCAAUCAGGGUGACCAGAGAUAAUCUCUCAUUGGAGAUGACUCUGGGCAGAGACUUGGGUGAAACUGGAAGCAUACUAAAUAGCUGGGGGGGGUAUUCUUUUUCCACUAAGGUAAAUGGGAAGUGGGAGUUUAGGGGAUCUGUAAGAGGCUUUAUUAUAACAUGCCAAGAGGGGUGGGAAACUCAGUUUUAGGAGUAGCACUAGACUGAGUUCCACUGGGAGUAGGACUUGUGAGAAUGGAAGGGGCGACAGAGCUGGAGGCUUCUUGGUAAGGGUGCUUGGGAAGGUUUUGUGGAAUUUUAACCAAGUGUGGAUCAGGAGGGGAGGGCCUCUCAGCUGAAGGAAGCUAAAUGAUAAAGGAAGAAAUAGCCUGCUUGCCGCCUUCGGAGUUUCUUUUGCUGAAACCUGGUUCACAAAUGAGAAUCUGGGUCCUGGGAGAGAGGCAAUCAGCUAUGUAUGGAGGGGCUUUUAUUCCAUGCUAGAGAUUUUAGAAUCCUUUGUCAUCAGCGUGGAGCCAUUGCAGCAUUUCAAAUAAAGUGAACCUAGAAGCAACCUAGCUUCAAAGGAACAGAGCAAAUUGUCCUCUUGAGGGAAAUCAAUAAGCCAGUUACUACACAAAUAUAUGAGACCGUUCCAUUAUCUGGCUCAUUGUUCCCAGUGUGCUGGGCUCAAGCAGUAUCUGCAUAGUGAACCAUGUUUUCUCUGUAACUACUUAGGGCUACAACUCUACCCUGAGUCUAGCUGGUGAAUAAGAAGGUCCUAGCACCAAGUUUCACCCUAAGCUCUUAUCCCUUGCAAGAGUUGUUAUAUGGAAAUAAAUUUUCUCCCAGUGAUCAGAAGAUGAUUUGAAACAUCUGAGAAAGAUUUGUAUAAUGUACCUUGUUUACCAGCCCUUACUAAGUGUUCAUUCAUUUACUCUCCAUCAUUUUAACUUUUACUGAAAAGUCAUGACAUGGGAGGCACUGGGCAACACGCAAGAUGCCCAGAGCUAUGAACGAGACUGGAGACCCCAGCUUUCUUGGGCUGUCACUCUUGGCGGGUGAUAGGAAUUGUGUGUGUAAGCCAAUACAUAGGAAAUGUUCAGAGUAUCAAGUGCUCUGAAGAAGGGGAGAAAGUGAAAUGAUGGAUGAGCAGAAGGACCUCCUUGGCCAGAUGUUCUUGGUAUGCAAGUGUGAUUCAAUCCUGAUCUCAGCUCUUAGGAGUGACACACUCUCCUAGCUUUCAUUUUUUUAAAACUAAUCAUUUCAUGACACAGGUUUAUUUGGAUUGUUACUUGAAUCAUCACUGUCAAUACUUUACCAUCGGGAUCACUUCAUUGUUUCCACUGUGUAACUUCAGCCCUUUGUGAAUUUAUAUGUGAUAUGUUGCUCUUUUCUUCCUCAGACAACCCACAAGCACUUUCUCUCAUAAUGAACUCAAUUACUGCAGUUUCUGGAAGGUAUCUGUGUACCAGCGACACGGUGUAACCGUUUGUGUAGAGCCCUUUCAAGUCAGCCUUGAAAGGCUGCUUGUCAACGAUUCAUCAUUUGCAAUAGAAAAAUAAACUCUGAGUUUUAAAAGUC